AUGGGGAAGAUCACAUUUUUUGAGGAGAAGAACUUCCAAGGCCGCUGCUACAACUGUAGCAGUGACUGUGCUGACUUGCAUACGUACUUCAGCCGCUGCAACUCCAUCAGGGUGGAGAGUGGUGUGUGGGUGAUCUAUGAGAGACCCAGCUUCCAGGGCUUCCAGUACAUCCUCAGUCCUGGGGAGUAUGCAGACAAUCAGCAAUGGAUGGCCUUCAACGACAACGUCAAAUCCUGCCGUGCCAUCAAGAAUGUUUACGGCAGUUCAUGGAAGCUGAGGCUGUACGAGAGGCCGGAUUUCGGAGGUCAGAUGGUGGAGUGCUCCGAUGACUGUCCCUCAGUGUAUGAUGCCUACAAGAUGCGUGAGGCUUACUCCUGCGUGGUGACCGAUGGUGCCUGGGUAUUUUACGACCUCCCCAGCUACAGGGGGCACCAGUACCUCCUUGAGCGGGGCGAGUACCGGCAGCACAGUGACUGGGGGGCCUCCUCGCCUGGUAUAGGCUCCUUCCGCAGGAUCACAGAGUUUUAAUUGAACCUUGGCUUCAGCCUUGAGCAAAAGCGAU